AUGGCAAAUAAAGCUACAACGGAUGGAGUUGUUUUUCAAUACCGCUUAUGUUACUACGUAAUUGGACUAGUUCACGAUAAAUAUGAUUACUCGGUACUGUACGAAGGCAAUGAAGACACCUACGGCGCAAUGGAUGAUGUGAUUUUGAAAAUUAACCGCAAUGGCGAGGGGGCGUACAACGGAGGUCUGUACCUGAUCCAAGCCAAACAAACCACUGAUGAAACAAAAACGCUGUCCAUUCAGGAUGUACUGCAAGGCAAAAAAUCUAGUGUUGAGAAGUAUCUGGAUGCCUACAUCACAUAUGCAAAAUCAGAAACAUACCAGCAGGAUGGUGCGCCCACGGAAAUGAUUUAUUGGACGGCGAACGAUCUUCACGCAACGACAAGAAAGUUUGUUGAAGAGCAUAUUAGCAGUGAACCACAUUUGGUGCUAACGAUCGAUAGCAUCAAGAAGUACCGGAUAAAACACUGGAAAGCUCUCUUUAUGUUUGACACGGCGCAGAAGCUGGCAAACGACUGCAAAUCACAAUCACGCAAAAAAGAUUAUCCAAAGCCGUAUACGUAUCUGAACGAAACGGUAGCUGAGACACUUGCAUGUGAAGUUCUGGAGCUGGUAGAUAAAUCCACUGAUUCGGUACCGAAGGUAAGAUUUCGGGAACAGUUCCUGCAGGGCGCUUCAAGUCUCUCAGAGAAUGCGAGACACUUUCGGCUAAGUUUUGAAGUCGCAUGUGAAAUGCUAUAUACAAAUCCCAAAGAUCCAACGUUCGACAUCACCAGCCUAAACUCAGUCACAUUUUCAACUGACACCUUCAAUGUGGAAAAGCUCAACGCAUCGAAUACUAGCCCUGUAGCGUGUAGUUUUCAGUACAAAGGUUUAAAGGAGGAAACGUUAAACUGGUUCUUUGAGCACUUUAUAUAUUACGUUCAAGUUCCCAAAGAUGAUACGAUGGUGAAAGCGAUAGAGGAUUUAUUCGGCGAUCAGUUCAACGAGAAAUCGUUUGAGCGCUAUUUGAUAACUGAACCACGAAAACGUGAACUAGAGCAAAAGAAAGCCAAAAAACAGGCACCGCAACAGGACUGUUUCAUAAGCAAGGCAAGCAUAGAACUAUUACUGAAAAUGAUUGAGCUUAAAGGUAAGCUAGUUGUACAGCCACCCAAAGGUAUAGAAUUUAAAAAAGAGAGUCUCGAAGAACUUCAUGCCACCAUUAAUUCUUUUCGUAACGGAGAGGAACGUGAAUUAACGAUACUGUCGAAAACGAAAGCAGCAUGGACAGCAGCUCGGAUAACGAAAGAUUUCGCCAAUCGUAACUCGUUGGCUGUAAGCAAUGAGGCAGAUUUGCAACAAUUGCUGGAGACAUUUGCGGCUAUUCAAACUACUCCGUUCGGAGAGGGAUUAAUUAGUGGAGAAGUACAAUUCAUAAUACUGCUGGAUUUGCCAAAUAUUGCGCAUUGCUCGAAACAGAUCGUGGAACAGCUGGAAAAGAAGGUUAAAUUAAUAGCAAUCGUUUCAGAACAAACCGUUAGUACCAUUGUGCCCAAUGUUGUAGAUGAUGUAGAACUGUGCGACGUGACCGUGGACUAUGAACAGCUCGAAAUUAAGUGCAUAAGUAUGGAUGGCACAAAGUUACCUAUUUCAAACUAUCUAACAAACGAGGCUAUUGACAGUAUUAAGAAGAUUGAAGAAUUAAGUACGCUUACAGAUAUAACAGUGAAAUCAGAUGUCUACAAGUCCGACGAGCGGCAGUACAUCGAUCGUGACCUGCUAGGAGAAGGUGGAAAGAUAGUUACACAUACCGAAUUACUGUUUCGUCCAGCGCGUGCUGUGUCAAUCAUUUGUGACACAGCUGGUCAGGGAAAAACGACGGAACUGUUACGAAUCGGCGAAGUGGCACGAAAUGUGGAUGGGAUUAUAUGCCUGUACGUUAGAGCCAAAACAAUAGCCAAAGUAAUGACGCAAGACGACAACAUACCGUCUUUGGUUGGAUUGCGAAUGCUACAAAAACUGCUCCACAUAGCUCCCCGGAGUGUAUUUGUCGAUGAGAUCGUUCAACAGUGUCUGGAGAAGGCGCAGGUGUGCUUAUUAGUGGAUGGAUUUGACGAAGUGGCGGAGCAAUAUCAAAAUGUUGUAACCAAUUUUUUGGUGAAAAUGUUGCAGCAUGCAGCUUGUUGCUCUUUACUAAUUGCUACAAGGCAGGAAUCGUUACCAGCUUUAAAGAAGGCUUACAAGAAUGCUUCAUUCUACAGCUUGGCACCGUUUCCAUACGUCCAAUAUUUCCAACAGCUAUGGCUCAGUGAUCCAAACGAGAUGUCGCCCGAUUUAGAGCAAAAUGUGCACAUUUUCAUUUCCAACUUUGACCAGCUACUGAAGGGUACCGGAUGCAAAUCGUUCCUGGAAGUGCCUCAGCUGUGCAAAAUUAUGGGAACCAUUUAUCACGAUCGCAUCCGCAAGCCCAACAUCCAAUGGCACACGAAUUACGAAAUCGGUUCCAUCUACGAUACAUUCGUGCAGAGUCAGUUGGAAAACACGUUGCGUGGCAAGUUCGACGAAAUGGAUAAGCUGCACGUGUGGGCCAGGAACUUGAUAAAGAGUGAAUAUUACACGAAACAUGCACAGCUGGCGUACGAGCUAGAGUACAACUGCUACAGCAAUCCGGAGCACUACGAGCAGCUACAACGCUUCGGUCUCGUAAUGAUUCAGUUCGAUUCGUCCGAAAGCAUCAAUUUCAUACAUCGUACAGUGAUGGAUUACUUCCUGGUGCGUAUUUGCAUGUUGGGCGACAUUGAUGAGGAUAGUUUCCAUUCCUUUCUGAAGCGCUACUUUUGUGUGUCGCGUGCAAACAUUGCUGAUAAGUUUAUUGAUUUCUUUCUGCACGAUGCACAGUGUCUUUCGUUGCGCAAGAAAGGUAUCAUCAGUUCGUACCUCUACAGCGGUCAAAACAUUUUGCCAAUGUGCAUUAGAAUGGCGUUAAAUAAUGCGACCUUCAAUACCCUGAGGGUGUUGUUGUCUGUCGCUCCAACAGAAUUACUAAAACCGUUGUGUUUCCGAUUCGGAGCGAGCAGCAGUUUGCAGGGAAACAAUUCAAACGAAAUCAAUCUGAAGCGGCUCGGUGAAAGACAAAUGCUCCUGUUGCUGGAAGCGCUGAAACAAUGUGACGACGAGUAUGUCGAUGCGGAAGACGAUACUGGUGACCUCAGCAUACUUAAAGGCAUGCUGUUUGAAGCGAAUCCCAACGAAGAGGAUGCUUUGGAAGUUGCUAUAAGAAAACCAUUCCCAGAUGUUUUCGAUUGGGUUGUGGCGUACUGUACAGAACAUUUCAACCUGAAUAUCGAACGGUACCUUACGGAGCGAGUUCCAAGAUACGCCCGAGCGAUUAUCAGACACUGUUAUGCAGAGAAUAAGGAAAAAAUCAUCGAUAAACUAUUGAAUCUCUGUAAAACAACAUUCCGCCCUGAAAGUAUUCGACUGCGGAUGCAAAACUACGAUUUGCUUGGAGAGCUUCUGGACAGUAUUGAAAUUGUACCGCAAGGAAAGGUAUUUAAGGAAGCUGAUCGUAUAGACUUAACACAAAAAAUACUCGCAUUGUUGAAUGUUUACCUAAGCAAGGAAUCAUUGAUUGCUGUAAAAGAGCAAUCGAGCAAAAGAGUCGAUAAGCUUCAAAAUGAGGCUAUUAAAUCCGUGUUGAAAGAAUGGAUGACUAUCGAUAAAUAA